AUGGCCUCCUUCUUUGGCACGGUCUGUUUUUUCUUCGUCCCGAAGACUUUCGAUCCUGUCCUGAUUCAGCAACGGGCUAAGCGCCUACGACACGAAACCAAGAACUGGGCCCUAUAUGCCAAGAGCGAAGAGAAACCCAUCGACGUAAAGGUGAUUGCGCACAACUACCUUCUCCGGCCAAUUGUCUUCUUCGCACUUGAGCCAGUUCUCGUCCUCAUAACCCUGUACAUGGACUUCAUCUACGGGUUCCUGUAUCUUUGCUUCAACGCCUAUCCAAUCUCGUUCCAGGAGGAACGUGGUUGA